UUUCUUAUUACAGGCUCAAUUCCUUGGUGCCAAGUAGCUUACUGGGAAGGUCGAGACCGUGUGGGUCGUCUCUACCCUGUAUGUACCCCUUCCCUGAACAUCAUGGGGGACACUCCUCAUGGGGAUGGCCUUUCUCUAGCUUCCCUGGCUGCCCAUUCCCACACUACUCCUUCUGAACAAGUCAAAAGGACUAGGGAAAAAAUUGGUCUCGGUUUGGUGCUGUAUCAGGAAGGGGACAGAGUGUGGGUGUACAAUCGGGCAGAUGUGCCGCUCUUCAUCAACUCUCCAACUUUAGACGGAGGAUUACAUACCCGAUCCCACUUUAUUGUCCACAAGCUUCCCCCUGGGCACAUUCUUAACAUAUUUGAUUAUGAUAAAGCUCGGCUUUAUCAGAAACUUCCUGUUCAUCCCGACUUAUCGCAUGAAGGGCCCAUUGAUCGGAACUCUGUGCGGGUGUCUUUUGCAAAAGGCUGGGGACCUAACUACCAUCGACAAGUUAUCACUGAGUGCCCCUGCUGGCUUGAAAUACUGCUGGUCCCUGCAAGAUGAUGGCAUCACUGUUUGGUGCUCUCUCAUUGCCCACUCAGUCUUGGUCUCCCUGCAGUUGGCCGCUGGCCGGUCCAGCAGUACUGACAGGGAGUACAUGCAGUUCAGUCAUUAGGAGCAGCAGAAGCAGCCAUCACAUUAAGUAUGUGCAGUGGAUUGGCAAAACCUACAUGUUGAAGCAGCACGAAGCAGCAGCAGCAGAAACAGCACUAAAAUGGGCAGCUUACAUGUUGUGUUGACCCAGUCAAGGCUAGUGUGUGUAGUGUAUCUGAGGAUCGCUGUAACAUGGUGCAUUUAGGUCCUUCGAAUAAGCACUGGUAGUGGGUCCUGUGCACUUGGAAACUCUUUGACAUUGUUAGAGUGCAAGAUAUUCAGUAAUAUCAGGGGUUAGAGUUAUUGCACAACUCUGUCAGUGUGCUGAACUAUAUAGGUGGAUGUGAAUAUUUAGUGCAAGAUUAUUUCAGAUUGAAGUUAACGGGUCACAGUUUUGUUGGACAUUUUUCUGUGGUUAUCUUGCCAGUGAAUUGGGGCACCAUGUGUUAAAAGAUUUUUCUUGUAAUGAAAUCUAGUCUGUUUGUUAUUUUUGUUACUGUCUCCUAUCACUGUCUUGUUUUAUAUUUACUAAUACAAUAUCCUCAAUGUUUGAUAUACAAUUUUUUUUAAAAACAAACGUUGCCUUUGCAAAAGCUAGAAUACUUAAGACACAAAAUGGAACACUUUGUUCAAAUAUUCCAAUAUUAAUGUAAUGAGAAGCUCUUAAAUAUAGAGCAUUACCUCUACCUUUUGUGAAUGUGACCAGAAUGGCUCUUGUCCACUUAACUACAGAACUCGGCAUCUUGCAUAAUGUUUAGGUGUACUACAGGCAAAUCCUGAAAUUAUUUUUAUAUGAACAAAGUUAGUGUGACAGUGAAACACAACACUUUCAUAAAGUGUCUGACGCUUAGCAUAUAUAAUCCUGCCUCUUCUAUGCAUAAAGUUCUUUGUAUGCAAUGUGUUCCAUAAGAAGUAACAAGAGGCAUUGCUUUUUAAAAUUCUAUAAAGAAAGGUCAAAUGAAAAAAUAAAGCUUGCCCUUUGGAUAAAGUUACAUUUGCAGCAAAGUAAUAUGCUACUAGUCUGUGCUGACUGCAUGUGGCAUACAAGCCACACAUGGACCUGUGCACACAGAGUCCAUGUCCUGAAGGUGCUACUUAGGAAAAAGGAUCUUUCACUCUAUUGAAGUACAAAUGGCUUCCUUGCAAACCCUGGUGCCCUCAUAUAGUGUUUUUAUACCUAUUCCUAUUCUUUGGCUGCACAUACAUUAAAAAAAUAAAAAUUUCAAGCAUAUGGAAUUUCUUGCUUCUUUUUCACCAUUUUCACAAUAACCAACCUUUCCCUUUACGUACAAUAUUUACUGUGAUGUGAACGAAGCAAACAUGCAGUAACCGAAACUCCUUUAAUGUGCCAUUUAUUUCACAUAUAACUAUUAAGUACAGUCUAUGAUUAUAAUUAUUACCUAUGGAAACUUGCCCUUGCCAGCAGCACUUCUUGCAGUUUUCUUGUUCAUUUUUCAAAAAGUGCCUCUUGCCAAUGUCUUCAAAUUUAUUGAGUUGUCAUGAUAAUAAAUACUUACUUGAAUGUGGUUCCAUUUAUACUGUAAUAACCUUUGAUGUUUAAAAUGCUUAAAAAAGGAUUGGUAUUUAUUACUUUUGUACAAGACAUAAGCAAAUACCUACUGACAUUAUAAUCAGAGGGUACCAUAGUUGGCCUGUCAGUAAACUAUUUUGCCAGGAAGUGCCUAAGCGUUUAAUGGUUUUUCACAUAGAUUUAAAGGAAAACCUAUCAUUAUCUUUUAUCUUAAUUUAAAUAAAUUUUGGGUGGAUUAGCAUGUUAAAUACUAAAUUAAUAUAUAGUAUUUUUUUUAAGCAUUCAACAAAUUACUCCUAGCAAAACAUAGCAAACUAGUUAUGUGACAAUCAAAAAUAUUAAGUUAUUUUUUAAGUGAAUCUAAGGAAGUCUUAAAUUAUAACUAAGAGUGUUAGUACUGUAUUAGAAAAUAUUUUCAGUUUAUAUAACUUUUCUUAUAAUGUUAUGAGAUUGUUAAACUACUAUAGAUUUGCAAGUAAUUUUAAUGUGAAACAAGAAAGCUAUGCAGAGUUGUGAGGAGUGUUUUCAUAGAUUUGGAAAAGUUCAGUAAGCCUGUACUAGCUGGUAAAUCAAUAAGCCUUACUUUACUCCUGUGGGAGUGAUGAUUAAAAGUCUUUGGGAUUUACUCACCAGGUGGGAAAAUGGCUGACCCAAGACUCUUUGUACUAUUUCUGUGAUUUUUGGGUUGAAUACUUGGUGUAAAAUAAUGAUACUCGUAUUAUUAUCGGAAGCUUAUAGAGCACAUUUUAUUAAUUUUUAAAUAUCGUGUCAGAAAGUGAGUCUAGGCUGCUUAAGAAUUUGAAGCCAGAUUACAGAUAAAUAUUGUGGGAAGGGAUGGGACCAAAACAUGUAGAAGUGCCUCAUAAGGGAUAUUACAGGGUCAUUUGAGGUAGGAUUUUGACCUGUAGCAUGUAAAGUUUAACUUUAAAUAUGAAUCUAAUGUGAUACACUUCCAAUGGUUAUAUAGAGUUAAGCCAUGGAAAAAGGGAGGAUAAUGUGACAGCUGAUGGCAUGGUUGUUACGAAUGUAGUUUAGAUAUCCUAUUAAUGGUAGAGGUAAGGAAGGCAGUUUCAUCAGUGACAGGAGGCUAAGGCUAAGGCUCAUGUGACCCUCAAAUGUGAUGAAGGCAGAUUGUCACUGGAAGUGUACAAUAACACAUUCUUCCUUCCAUCAUGAGGAAUUAUGCUUUUGUAUCUAGUUACGUAUGAUCAUAUUUAAGCAUCACACUACGAGUGUUAUGAGCAAAAGAGGGUAGGGGUAGCAUCAUCACUUAGGUAACUUGGUGAUACUAAGAAGUGUGAAUUAUAGAUUGAUUCUGUCAUUUAAGUUAAUAGUAUAAAUGUUUUGGCAUUGAGUGACUGAAAUGGGAUUUGCAUUUUCUUUCCAAUAUACUCCAGAGACAGAAGCAAGCAUUGCUUUUAUUUUAUACCAGGUGUUCUGGUUUGUGAGAAUAAUGCAAUGAUGAAUGAGCUUUACCCCUGAACUCCAAUAUGGCUCCUUUUUUAAAUAUUGCGUGCAAGCUUGCAAAGAGAGCCAAAUUGAGUGUAUGCCAUUUGAGGCUAUAGAAAUGGCUAAUCAUAUGAUGUGUUGUUUCUGUCUUAUGUCAGGAUAUUGUACGUUUACAAGUGAGCAUACUCUCUUGUCAUCACUAGGAUCCUGGAUAAAGCCCAAUACAUCCAUGAUUGCUGGUGUAGGCAAGAGGUAACACAGGUCAUUUAUUUACUGUGGCAACCUGACCCCCUUAACCCACCUGAGAGUUUGACUGGCUGUACAAUGUAUCCACACCUGUACAUAAUGUAUAUAAGAGGUUACUAAAGUUAAGUGGAGAAGCACAGGGUGGUUGCUAUUUUAGAGGAAAGAUAUUUCCUGCCUUAUAUUUUUGUUAACCUGGCAAUGCUACCUACCACUGCUUCACCAUAGCAUACUAUGUAAUAAUUAAUAUGGGCCGACCAUGUUAAGAACAUGUACAUUUGAUUUUUAUUAAAAACUUUUAGAUUAUA